AAGUAAUAGCUAAAACUGCACCUAUGCCUCAGCACAAAACCACUUUGGAACUUAGUUCAUAAUAAUAAAAUAUUAGUUUUUAUUAAGUUGUAAUUUUGCUAAGAUUGGGUUAGGGUUGUAAAUGCUCCAAGUCCGCUCCUGUUCUUUUAUUUUUCUUGCCACUUUACUUGCAACAUGCACUAAUGCUCAGCGGCACGUCCCAGUGUCUUUAUCAUAUAAACGGUGCGAUUUAAAUUAAUAAUUAAAGCGGGCUUGUAGUUGUGGUUCCCGGUUUCGGUCUGUGUCUGUGGUCUUUGGGCCAUCUGCCGCCAGCAGGUGGAUGCGAGUGGAUUAAGCUGCCCACCCCUGAUGCCAUAAAUCAACGGAUACAUCGGGCUCGGUGCCCAGCCAGAUAACAAGUUGUCCGGCGAGGUUCAUGGCAUCUCAGCGAGCCGCCGACCAAAAGCUUUAAUGGCUUCAUUGCAACACGGACACCAUGGACGAUCUAUGGACGGCACCAUAGCUCGACUGUGUGUCUAUUGCGUCUAAAAGGUAGCAUUUUGGUGCAUUGCCUCGUUUUCUCAACUCCGGCUAGCUCUGCCCCGUUUGUCAGACAAGUGCCACUGAAACGGGGCUAAAUCGAGUUGACAACUCCAAAUUUGCUGUUUCCGCAGACGAGGCAGUUAGGUCAGAGGGCGACUACGCCAAAAAAAAAGCAGUUAAGGGGCAAGGACCUGAGCAAGAGAUGCUGCUGAUGGACGCCCUGUUCAACAGCCUGCUGGCAGUUAGCUCCGGCUACGCGAUGUACACACUCCACCCCCUCGAAACGCCCUACGGCUACGCGACAGCGGCCUUGAGCCUGGUCCACGGAAUCCUGGGGGUAGUGCGGGCGGCGGGGAACGAUGACGACGAGUGCAACCGAGUUCGGAUGGUGACCUCGGGAAUCAUGGAGAUUGUGCCGCUGCCCCUGGCCAACAUUGAGCUUUACCUGCGGUCCGCCAAUCCAAGCCUGGCCUUCGCCCACGGCUGCUUCAUCGUGCCCCUGGUCUACGACCUGAUGGCCAAGAUGGGCGAAAACGAGGACGCCUCCACGGAAACGCUGAAGGAACUGACGCUGCUGGGCAACGUGGUUUCCAUGCUCUUCCUGGGAGUCAACCAAUCCAGCAAUCUCUGCGGUGGCUUGGCGGCCGUCGCCUUCGCAGCCCGCUACGGAUCCGUCAUCCUCGACUAUUAUUGGGAGGGACUGGGCGCCGACUUCACCCUCUUGGCCCACUCCGUGUUCGUCGUCCUGAUGACUCUGGCGCUCUCGGCCAAGUGACGACAACCCCCGAGGUAUAUCUCUCCUUAUCCAAGGCCAGCCGUUCGUUGGCCGCCCAGCUCAAUAAAACUGCAAUUAAUGUUGGCAAAUUAAAAUGCAAAAAUAAACAUUAAUUGUUUUGUCACGCUCGACCGAAAAA